AUGGCAACACGCAACCUUAUCAGAUUCAUGGCCGUAGCUCUCGCGUGCCUUGUCAUCUUGUCGUCCACAUAUGGUGAUCCUAAUCCGAGUGUUCAUGAUGAGAGCCCCCGCACCACCUACAUCGUCCGUGUGCGGCCGCCAGUGAGCCUCUCCGAUGACACCGCCGGGCUCGACCUCGAGCACUGGUACGAGUCGUUCCUCCCGCUGGAACCCAUGUCCAAGGACACCAGGGCUGCUCUCCUUCAUACCUACCGGGCGGCCAUGACUGGCUUUGCCGCAAAGCUAACGGAGGCCGAGGCGGCAAGCCUUGCAGCCAAGGAUGACGUCCUCGGCGUGUUCCCGAGCCGUCGCGUUGCGCUCCACACGACGCACUCGCCGGAGUUCCUGGGCCUGCGAGCUGCGGCCAUGUACGGCAACAGCCACGGCGCAUGGAACGGGGCGCUCGGCCGCAUGGGCGAGGGCGUCGUCAUCGCGGUCCUCGACACGAUGGUCAACCCCAAGCACGUGUCGUUCCGCGAUGACGGCAUGCGCGCGCCGCCGGCGAAGUGGCGCGGCAAGUGCGACUUCUGGGGCGGCCGGGAGCGUUGCAACAGGAAGAUCGUAGGCGGCCGGACGAUCUUCCACUCCCUGAAGGACGGUCACGGGACGCACACGGCGAGUACCGCCGCGGGGAACCUCGUCGCCGGUGCAAGCGUUCUCGGCAACGGGAACGGCACCGCCGCCGGCAUGGCGCCACGGGCGCACCUCGCCGUAUAUGAGGCCUGCGAUGACACGGGCUGCGACACCGCCGAUGUGCUCGCUGCGAUGGACGCUGCAAUAGCAGACGGCGCUGACGUGCUCUCCCUGUCGUUCGGGGAUGACCAUAUCAAGCCAUUUUACCAGGACACAAUCGCCAUCGGCGCGUUCAGCGCCAUGCAGAAGGGCAUCUUGGUCGUCUGCUCCGCCGGAAACUCGGGCCCGGACCCAGGCUUCCUGAUGAACGACGCGCCGUGGAUCCUCACGGUCGGCGCAGGGACAAUGGACAGGCAGAUGCGGGCGGUCGUCAAGCUUGGCAACGGCCAGACAUUCGUUGGUGAGUCCGCCUAUCAGCCCCAUGGGCUGCGUCCUACACAAUUGGUUACUCCUGUUCAGCACAAUAGCUCAACUCCUGAAUGCCAGCCCUUGACCGGCGUGGCCGGCAAGAUCGUCGUCAUCGAAGAUGUCUGUGACGACAUGGUCCAAACAGGUACUCUCGUCAAGGACUCUGGCGGAGCAGGUAUGGUGCUAACUGGUGAAGAGGAGGAUGGUAACACGGCUUACACCGACGCACAUGUGCUGCCAGCAUCCUACGUGACGUACCAAGACGGUAUAGCCAUAAGGAAAUACAUGAAAUCCACCAAGAACCCGGUGGGUGCCAUCACCUUCCGUGGCACAUCAUUCAGCGCGUCCUCAUCAGCUCCCGCCGUUGCUUCCUUGUCCUCUCGUGGUCCAAGCCUAACCACACCUAACAUCGUCAAGCCUGACAUCAUUGGCCCCGGCAUGAACGUCAUCGCCGCAUGGCCGUUCAAGGUUGGGCCAGAGGGGGAAAAAGGUCAAGGUGGUGGAAUUGGGGAUUUUAGUGAUGUUACCUUCGACAUCCUCUCUGGAACGUCAAUGUCAACGCCUCACCUCAGCGGGGUCGCCGCACUCAUCAAGAGCGAGCACCCGGACUGGUCCCCUGCAAUGAUCAAGUCGGCGAUAAUGACGACAGCCGACACACUUCGUUCCGAUGGUAAGCCGAUCCUGGAUGAGAAGCUCAAGACCGCAGGAGGCUUCGACAUGGGCGCUGGCCAUGUUAACCCUUCCAGAGCCGUGAACCCAGGCCUGGUGUACGACAGGGAUGAAGCACAGUACAUUGCUUACAUCUGUGGCCUCGGUUUCACGGAGGAACAAGUGGAGAUCAUCACGCAUAAGAGGAACAUAUGUCGGAGCAUGAGCAAGAUCACCGGUGCUGAACUGAACUACCCUUCCAUAGUGAUGCAGGCGAGUGCCGGCAAUAUCACAGUGAACAGGAUGCUUACAAGCGUCGACAACUCACAUGGCAAGUACACGGUGGAGGUCAAUGUGCCCAAAGGUGUUGUGGUUAAGGUAUCCCCCUCAGUGCUCGAGUUUGGGGGGCUUAAUGAUAAGAAGAUCUUCAAUGUUAAGAUGAGUUGGGACCCUCUCAAGACGAAGCAGGUAGAGGGGAGCCUGAAAUGGAUCUCCAAGACUCGUGUUGUCAGAAUUCCUGUAAUAGUAUUUUAA